AUGAUUGACCAUCAUGUCAUGACCAGUCGAACCAAUAGAGACACCUCUCUUCCGAAACAUGAUACUUUAAAAGUUCUUCAAACUCCAACACCACAUAUUGAAUCGCCAUCCGAUACUUAUUGGAUGAUGGCAUUGGAUUCCACAACGAGUCACAACAAUGGUUUCAAAACAUCGACAUUGACGAACACAACACGUGGAUCGAUCAAUGGUGGUCAUCGAACGUCGAUAUGUGAAAAUUCUGAAUUGGAUAUGAAUACGAUUGAAAGUAGUCUUGUGUCUUCUUCAUUGACGAAUAAUAUGAAAUCGUUUGUGUUGGAUGAAUAUAUCGCUGGAUUGACUUUUGACGUGAUUAAUUCCACGAGUGCUUAUUUGACCUCUAGUUCAUCCAACCCCAGUUCGAAUUCGAAUACGUGUCAAACACACGAUUCAAAAGAGAGAAGUUCACAAAAUUCCAUCAUUCGAGAAGCUGUUAAAAUUAACAAAAAUAAGAGAAAUUCCACUUCGAUUGUGACCUUGUCAUCUCCGACCAUGCAUUGCGAACCUUUCAAUGGUUCGAACCAAAUCACUGCGAAUAGUUUUUGUGCAGCACGUUCAUCCACAAACGCUCACAAAAACAAACGUCUCUCGAGUCCACAAAGUCUUUUCAAUAUUUUACAACACACUCAAGAAUAUCCAACUAAUUCUCCAAGUACUUGUCAAAAUAGAAAGAAUAGUGCAAAUUCUCGAAUGAAAUCUCCAUCACAGCAUGAAACCAAUGCCAUGGUUAGUACACCACUUCCAAAACAUUUAGAAGAAAUUCCGUUCGAUUUUUCAAAUCCCUUAAUGACUCCGCGACAUGAGAGGAAAAAUUCACUAGGGUUGGCACUUUCCGUUGAUACUUCCAUUUCACAUGUGAAACAAUUGUUUCAUGACGACCUGAAUGAUCCAACCGUGUCCAAAAAACCAUCAUUGAAUGUACAAAGUUCGAAAGAUUUGAACGAUCCAGCGUCCACAAGUAUGAUGGAUUUAAGUUUUGAAGAAUUUUCGAGACAAUUUACAAACAAUUUAUUGAAUCAGUACCGACAGGAAAUGUCAUCUCCUCAAGUGGUGAUGCCUCCUCUCGCUAUUGGCAUUCAAUCACCUUCUUCAUCCUCAAGAGUUCCUAGUUCAAUAUCUUCUGCUCGAUCACCUACAGGAACCAACACGACAUCAAAUGGAAACAAACGAACGUCUUCCUUAAAUGCACUCAAACGAAGAACCAUUACAGGAGGUCAGGAUUUAGUGAAAGCUGUUUUUGGAUUUAAUCAAGAUUCUCAUGAACUUGUGAAUUGGAGAGCAAAUCCGUUAUCUACUUCUAGUCCCUAUCAUGUACAUUGUAAAUCAGAUGAUGUGAAUGCUUACGGUGGAAACACAACUUCACAAGAUGGAGAAGUGAAAAUGAAAUAUUGGGAUGAAAUUGAUGAAGAGGAAACGAAUCGAAAACGUCAAUCUUUUCGAGAAUUUAGUCAAAACUUGGAUUUAUGUUAUUCCAUUGAUGUGGUUCGACCAAGAAAUAGAAAUUCCACAAGCCAAAUGUCAAAUGUCAAGCGACUCUCUUUAACUCUUUCUUCCAUGCUUUCGAAUGGAUGUUCCACAACGAGUCCACAAGAUACCUUUGAAUAUGCCACUGCAGACAUGAGUACCUUUGCCACCUCUCCUCAAGCAUGUGCUGUCACACUUUCUUCGAUUGCAAAUGCAUCCACUCCUUCCUCUUCUCCUCAACUUAAAAAUGCAUUGACCACUGACAACACUUCAAACAACCUCCUCAACAACUCCAUGACCUCAGUUUCCACUUUUCCUAACCCUGCUCUUUCCACAUUAACCACUUCAAUAUCAUUACAAAAUUCUCCUCAAUCUUGUAACAUUGUACAAACUCCCACAUCAAGAAGAUCACUCAACAAUAAUCGAAUUCGAAAUGCACACAACAGACGAUCACUUUCCUUUCCAACAGAGAAACUGAAGAAUUUAUUUAAGAAAUUAAAGGAGUGA